UUGCUGGCAUACACACCCUCGUCUUGUUUUGGUUUGGUCUCCUUCUCUAUAUAAACGCGUACCUCUCUUUGUUUUCAAACUAAACUUGCCACAAUCAUAUUCCUCUCACUCACCCCAAAACACUGCAAAGUAAGUGUUGUUGUCUUUGCUAAGUUGAGAAGAUGAAAAACUCAAACAUUACUACUAGUGAUUCAUCAAAACUUGAUCGCAAAACCAUCGAAAGAAACCGAAGAAUUCACAUGAAAGCUCUCUGCUUCAAGCUUGUUUCUAUUAUUCCUUCCAAAUACCUCAAACCCACCAAGGACAUGUUGUCACAACAAGAUCAGCUGGAUCUAGCAGCCACGUACAUAAAGCAUCUGAGAGAAAAGGUAGAAAAAUUAAAAGGAAAGAAGGAGCAAGCCAUGAACAUGAUUAGGUCAACCCAAAGCAAUAAUAGAAUUUUUAAUAUUGGCUCACAAUUGCCUCAACUUGAGAUAAGGGACUUGGGUUCGGGGAUUGAAGUGAUGUUGAUAAGUGGGUUGAACAAGAACUUCAUGCUCUACGAAGUAAUUAGUGUCCUUGAAGAAGAAGGUGCUGAAGUUGUGACUGCUAACUUCUCUACCGUUGCUGAUAAGAUUUUUUACACUGUUCAUGCUCAGGUUAAAAUAUCAAGAGUUGGUGUUGAGCCAACGAGGGUAUAUCAAAGGCUUCAGGAGUUGAUCGCACCCCUAGAAAGCUGGGAGUACAUAUCGUGAAGACAAACUAGCCACAGGAUCACUAGCUGGACAACAAUAGAAAAUGACAACGUACAAUGGGCGUAUAUAUAUAUAUCUGUGUGUGUGUGUGCAAACCUUAGAAACUUAAUUUGUGAAUCAAAAUAUGAAGUAUUAGCCAGCUAGGUUGCAUAUGUUUUAAGGCAAAUAACUGUUUAAGAAGUUUCUUUUCUUCACGUCUUUAGAAAAUGUUUUAUAACUUUUACAUGCUUAAUUGGUUUAUCAAUCAAGAGUAACAAAGCAGACUUCAAUUUAUCUUUUCUUUUUUCAGUGGCUUUUAUUUAUAGAAAGUUCACAGCCAGUUAUUUUCCAUAAAACAAAAUGCAACCUUAGAUAUUAAAAUUAAUUGUAUUGAUCAAAAUGUAGGAUUGGGAGCUGAUGCAUGUUGGCAAUCCAAAUUAUAAAUUAAUGCUUUAAGUAUCCCCAGAACAUUCAGUUUAAUUUGCUGUAGCUAGGUAGUAGAAUGCAAAAUGUAGUGCUGCUGAUUUAAGUUUUGCAUUUUUUAUUCUAAACUUGCAUUUUAAUUAUUCGGAAGUCCAAAUCUGAGCGGGUGAAAAGAGUUUGAGUUGUGACCACAAAUUGCAACUGCGAAAAAUUAUCACCGUUUCAUUUUACAAGACCAAAAAAAAUUUGC